UGACAAGCGCUAAUUGUUUUUAUUUGUAUUCACGUACCGCCUUUGACAAUUGGUGUACUUAUUUCAGAUGGUGCAUUGGUGCCCGUGGCAGGACGUCAAAAGCAAAACAAAAAUGUAUUUUUUUCUACCUUUGUUUGGGUCUACGUAAUACUGCUUUAAUUGGACGGCACCUUUGGGUCUUUCGAGCCACCAACGUAACACUCACUAUCAACAUCAGAUAAUCGUAUUACAGUUGACGCUAAAAGUUUUAAACUUGUCUUUGUGUCCCUCGUAUAUGACGAGUGGCAAUAAAGACGCCUGUGAAACGUAUCUUCGAUGUCUUUCAAAAACGUUGAUGCCACGUUUACAUGACGUUUUUGCUAACAAGCCAUAUAGGCUCCAUUCCAAGCGGACGUCCAAGUACUUGCAGUUGGCUCAGGCUGGACUUCGGACCCCACUGAAGACGCCGCUCAAGUGACUCUUAGGCAUACAAGCCAACUGUUGAGUAGGCUCCAUCAUACAAGAACUUAGAACAUGCGGAGAAAGGUAGACAAACCCGGCAAGAAGCCUCAAAAGGCCUUCAUCCACCCGAUGGCCACCAUCCUGUUGACCUUCAUCUUUGGAGUCAUCCUGGUCCACAUGGCACCGUAUAACCAGACAGAACAGGGCAGGCAGGCCGCUGCAGAAGCACCAACUGAGGAAGUUCAGACUCUGGAAAAACGUGUGGACAAGCUGGCGGUGUUGUCAGUAUCAGGGGCCGGUGUCGCUGAAGGGAAAGGCAACAAUGACAAGUUGGUCUUGGACAAUGUGUACAUCAACGUGGAUGAAGCCUAUGACACCAAAACAGGCAUUUUCACAGUGCCUUCAGACGGCGUCUACUUCUUCACCUUCACCUGCCACAUGGAUGAUGGGAACAUUAAUAGUGGUCUGUAUAAGGAGCCGGCUGAGUGGAUGAUGCAGGUGUCUGACUUCACCAACGCUAAGGACCACAGUGACACCUCCAGCAGGAUGAUCGACCUGAAGAAGGGAGACAAGCUGUAUCUCAAGCAUUAUGUAAACCAUAAGCUUAUUCAUAACAGACAGACUGUUUUCAGCGUCCUUCGCGUUGAUCCCAAGCUGGAUGAAUCAGCAGAAAAACGUGUGGUGGCGUUCUCAGUAUCGGGGGGCAACAAAAAGAAUGGUAGGAAGUUGGUGUUGGACAACGUGUACGUCAACGUGGGUGACGGCUAUAACAGCAGCACAGGCUUUUUCACAGCCCCCUACGAGGGCGUCUACUUCUUCACCUUUUCCUGCCACACGGUUGAUGGGAUGAUUGUUGUUGGUGUGUAUCGGAAGAAGGUGUAUGGGAACAGCAAGUGGAUGAUGCAGGUGACUGACACCACCAUACGCAAGCGCCACAGUGACACCAUCAGCAGGAUGAUACACCUGGAGAAGGGCGACAGCGUGUAUGCCUUGCCUUACUUUGGCCAUGGGCUUCAACUUCACUACGGACUGACGGUUUUCAGCGGCUUCCUCGUCGAUGCGGUGCAGAAUCUGAAAGCACGUGUGGACAAGCCGGAUGAAGCUAAAAAAUGUAAGGUGGCGUUCUCAGCAUCAGGCGGCAACAAAACGGAAGCUGACAAGUUGGUUUUGAACAACGUGUACGUCAACGUGGGCAACGCCUAUAAUGACACCGCAGGCAUUUUCACAGCCCCCUGCAAGGGCGUCUACUUCUUCACCUUGAGCUGCCACACGCGUCCUGAUGGGAUCAUUGAUGUUGAUGUGUUAAGGAAGAAGAUGGAUGGCAACACAGAGUGGAUGAUGAGGGUGUCUGACUCCACCAAAUAUAAGGAACACGGUGGCACCACCAGCAGGAUGAUCACCCUGGAGGCGGGGGACGGGGUGUAUGUCAUGCCUAACGCUAACCAUACUCUUGUACGUUAUUACGGACAAACGGUUUUCAGCGGCUUCUUUGUCGAACCCAUGUAAGCUAGAGGUGGCCGCAUCCAUCCAUGAUAUUAUUGAUCGGUAUUGGAUGGAUGCUAGCAUGAUGAGAUGGAUGGUUUUCUAAGUUUAUCAAUACGUACAGUGGCGGGCUUAAGGCACCGCAUUAAACUACCGCUAUCGUCACAAUUCGUCACAAUUCUAUAAUAUAUGUAAGAGGCUUUUUGCAAUAUGCUGCCAAACUCCACACAUCUACAUGACAACAUAACCUGACCAACAUAAAAUUAAAAGCUGCCAUCCGAUUGGACAAAAAAGCCAACAUAUGCGAGACACAUUUACAUGACAACAUAACCUGACCAACAUAAAAUUAAAAGCUGCCAUCCGAUUGGACAAAAAAGCCAACAUAUGCGAGACACAUUUACAUGACAACAUAACCUGACCAACAUAAAAUUAAAAGCUGCCAUCCGAUUGGACAAAAAAGCCAACAUACGCAAGUCGCAUUUACAUGACAACAUAGACAAAAAACCCAACUAUUGAAACUACUGCAGCGAAGUUGCAAAUGUAGGUCAGGUUUUCUGAUUGCAUUUAGGCCAGCAGAGAAGGCUUUGCUGGCCAUUAUGACUGCAUACCACUGAUUCAAUAACGGGGAUGUCUGAUCACAUAUUGAUAUUUGAACAGCACCCCUUAGGAUUGAACAGUUGGUAUUGGCAUUACAUCUUGCCCGCACCCGCCUUUGAGCAGGUAAGCUAGAUGUUUUCCAGGGAAGAUAGCCAUUUGGUUAAGUUUAGCUGCUAUUGUUAGCUAUCAUUGAAUGUAUAGCCUAUUACAACCACAUAAAUUGUCAUUUAUGCUAAUUGAGUUAUUGAGUUUGAAAGUGCUACUGCUAACAUGUUAGGAAUUGUUUGCAACUCUGGGGGCGCUAACUUCGGAACAUGUUGCACACAUUACAGCCUGCCCUCUUCCUGCGCGAACUAGCUUGCCAGUAAAUGAUUUCGCGGGCGCUAACUUGAAGCAUGUUGAUGCGGGUGAUGUUCUAUUGCACAGGUGUCAAACACAAGGCCCGGGGGCCAGAUGUGGCCCGCCACAUCGUUUUAUGCGGCCCGUGAAACCCUUGGAAUAAUGCAUGCCAAUAAUGCACGUCACCUCUGCCCUUCUAAAUGUAUUGAUCUGUCUUUUUGACAGAAAGAUUGUACUGCAUGCGGUUCUUGUAAACGUCAGUAUAAUCAUGCAGCAAGAUAACGUAUUUUUCAAAAACAUACUUGAAUGUCUGCAUGUCACCAUGAUAUUCUCACUUCUCAUUUCGAAGCAAGUUAUCCAUCAAUUUUGUUAGUAAAAAUAUAAUAAUCUAAUGCAUGGGCAACUAAUAUGAGGUUAUAGUUACAAUGGGGGCAGCCGUAACUGAUGUGGCCCUCAAUUGACACCCCUGCAGUCUCAUUAAAUGUUUGUAUUUGAUACGGUUUUUCAUUUUACAAGUGUGCAUUGUGAAUUAAGGGUGUCACGAUAAAUCCACGAUGUUUGCGUCAUUGACAGUUUGUAUGCGUGACUUAUGCGUCAUGCUUUGAAGUGUUGAAGGAGUGAUGCUGGGAACAGCGAGUGCAGGAAGGGUUCUAGUGUGGUUCAUGUGCGCCAGCCGCACGCGAGACACCCUAUUCAUGUAUGGGAUUAUAUGGUUUUCACAUGCUCACCAAAUGUCACUGGAUGCUUGAAUUUCCUUUGGGAUCAAUAAAGUUGCGUGGCACAA